AUGCCACCGAAGCCGCGGGGUGUGACCCUGGAGUACAUCCGUCAGUUCAUAGACGAUGUGGGAGGACGAUCCAAGCUCCAAGGGCUGUCAACAUCCGACGUGUGGACACAGUUCGUCGCACCUACCCUGUCCAACCCGUCGCGCGGCAACGACGACGCCAACGAGUCCUCGACGGCUACAUCCUUCCGAGCUGCCGAGUGGUGCGUGUAUCAUGGAUGGAAUGACCUGUUUCUGGCCGUAGUGGAUACCCUCGAAUCGUGGCGCUCAUCGUUGGACACACCUCGGUCGUUUUGGCUGCGCGUGUUUAACCAGCCGUUGCACCUUUUACCACCAGCUUCGGCCGACACGGUAUCGUCGUACAUCAGCCAAAUCGUCCCAGUGGUGCCCAAUAUGCUCGUUCUUUGGCCCCAAGAGGACCCGUCUACUCUACUCUCGUGCGAGUGGAGUGCCGCUGCCUUGGCCGUCGCCGCCACCAACUCGAUCCACGUCGACGUCACGGCACUCGUAGUCCCGCGCAAAGAAAUACUCGAUGACACUGCACUUCUUUCAAGGACGCCUCUUUUAGAUGCGUAUGCCACCUCCACAGCUGCCAUCACAGGGCUUCCCUUCGACGCCGUGUCUAGUGCAUCAUCUCCUUUGACCGCCGCCGCCCGUGCCUUCCUUCUUCGCAGCCUCCACGCCGCCAUCGACCGCGAAAUUCAAACGCUCCCGACGUCACUCGACCAAGCCCAUGCUUCGUACGCGUUUGGGUUGGUCCUUCACAAAUCCGCCGACUUUAUCGAGUUGGCCAAGACGUACUACGAGCGUGCCACCUCUUCGUUUCCUCCCACGAGCCGCGAGUACUUUUCUGCAUGUCGGCAACUGGCUCUUGCCCAGGAUGCCAUCACUACAUUGUUGCUACGAAAUGACGAUCUCCAGAACGCACACACGUCUUGUGCCACAUCAAAGCUGCAAUCGAUUUUAGAGUCGCAGCGAUUGAUAUUUGGUGACCAAGACAUGGACACUAUCGACACGAUGGUCGCACUUGGGUACGUGUACGCUUCCCACAGCCAACCAAGUUUAGCAUGGCACGUUCUCGAUAAGGCUAUGCACCUCCGCCUCGAGUGCUUGCAUCAACAACAUCAACCUUAUCCCAAUCAUCAUCUAUCCACACUCCACGUCAUGGAGCUACUCGCGAGCCAAUCGUUUGCGCUGCGCCGAUAUAAACAUGCCGCCGCCAUCUACUCGACGUGUCUACUUCAUUACGACAAUGACCAGCACCACCAUGAGGAUGUGAUAGCUCGACUUACAUGCGCAAACAACCUGGCGGCCGUAUUUAUGUGUCAGGGCCAGUACAACAAAGCGCGGCCGCUCUUGACCGAAUGCCUUGAGCAGGACAUUUUGACGUUUGGAUUGGACGACGACAGGACCCUCAUGAGCAUGGCUAACGUCGCCGAAGUGCACCGAUGCUUAGGCGAGUACAUGCACGCGGAAUGGCUCGUACUGUCCAUGUGGGAUCGAGCCAAGGAAUUGUAUGGCGACUCGAGUGAUUUGGCCAUCCUGGGUCUGUCGACUUUGGGGAUGGUAUACCGCAACCAACGGGCAAAAGAAGCGUCCGAGUGCUUAGAACAAGCGUUUUUAACCCGAAAAGCCCGUGCCAGUUCUGACCUACGUGGCAUAAGUACCAGCACCACCUCCAGCAAUACCGCCAAUAACAGUAGCAGCAGCAGUCUCAUGUUGGCCCACAAGUCGUUGUACCAGUGGUUUAACUAUCAAGUGGAUCAUCUCCGGUUCGAAAGUCUGACCAACAUCAACGCAUUUGAGGGCCAUUUGGUUGGUCUUGGGUGUGUAUCUGAGACAUGGCGAAACGAAUUCUGCCAUGGAUGUGCGUCCGAAAUCGUGGGGGACGUGGCCACGUGCCCGCACUGUGUCCCUGCAACGUUCCAGUAUUGCCGGCCGUGUGCGAACAAAUCGAAACAACGUCGAUGUGCCCAUAACGUCCGUUUUGUUUUCCGGACACCGCCCUCCCGGUACCUUCACGAACAACGCCUCCAGCUGCUGGCCAUGACAGACCAACAUGCACUGUACGACGAAUGCUUUGAACGAUAUGACGCGUAUUGUGUCGAAAACAGUGUCACAAAUCGACGCUUGCAAGCGCGACAAGAUCAAGCGAUCACAGCGUCGUGCUUUGGGUGUGCACCUGCAUGGUGGAGACGACGGUAGCGGUUGUACUACAGUAGUAGUACUAGUAGUACUGUAGUAGUUGGAGUAUCAAUGUACUAUUGUGAAUUCGUCCA